AUGAGCAGCAUAACAUCAUUUCCCCCACCAUCCAUCAUCCCAAAACCAGCCACCUACCAGCCAACAACCACCGGCCCUCUCCCAUACGGGGUAGACAGGAGAGGCAGACCAGUCCUCUUCCAGGGCGGGAGAAUGGUCUGCAAUAACUUCAACGAUUUAGGAUGCAGCACCUCUAGCUGCCGCUUCCUCCACACCUGCUCCUUCUGCGGAGGUGCCCACUCCAGACCAACCUGUCCCCACAACCCCACUAAGCACAGCCUCUGUAAGUACCUCAAUACACCAAUGAAGGUCCAAGCUCUAGAUUCCGCCUUACAGAACCACCCAGACCGCCAGUUCACCAGCUUCCUAAUACAAGGUUUCACACACAGCUUCCACCCAGGAAAUACUCAGGAAAAAAAGAGACUUAUAAUAGACCUCUCAUCCCCCCACGGCUCUUCCAUCCCAAGCAUCAAUAGCCUAAUCCCGAGCCCGGACUACUCCAUGCAGUACACCACAAUCACCAACGCCGCAUCCCUCAUUCGCCUCGCAGGUCAAGGAGCCUGGUUGGCUAAAGCGGACAUCAUCAGCGCCUUCAAAGUUCUUCCGAUCCACCCCGAAUUCUGGCAUCUUUUCGGCGUCCAUUGGAAAGGCUCUUAUUACUUCGCAGUGCGCUUGACCUUCGGGUGCAAGAGCAGCCCAAAAAUCUUCGACUGCUUAUCCGAAGCUCUCUGCUGGAUCCUGACCAACGUCCAUAAACUUCCGUACGUCAUCCACCUCUUAGAUGACUUCCUCACCGUCAUGCCACCUUCCUCACCCCCAGCACACGGCCUCAACACUUUAACCUCAGCGUUCAAGGAACUCGGCGUUCCUCUGUCUCCAGAGAAAACCGUAGGCCCCAGAACCUCCCUCGAAUUCCUCGGCAUCACCCUCGACUCAGUUUCACUCCAAGCAUCCCUACCUAUCGAAAAAAUCAAUCGGAUCUCCUUACUCAUUUCAAAUUACCUCCUGGCCCCCAAAUGCACCAAACACCAACUCCUUUCACUGUUAGGCCACCUCAACUAUGCCAUUCGCAUCAUCCCCCAAGGUCGAUCCUUCUUGUCCCACCUCCUUUCAGUCACCGCCUCUGUCCCAAAUCUCCAUGGCCACGCCUCCCUGGACAAAGCAUGCAAAAUGGAGCUAAAACUGUGGCACCAGUUCCUCUCCUCAUGGAACGGCAUCUCUUUAUUUUACGAUGACCACAUCACCAAGCCGGAAGACAUCCAGCUGUUCACAGACGGCCCCUCCAUCGGCUUCGGCGGCUUCUACGGCAGCAAAUGGUUUUCAGCCGAAUGGCCGCACGAGUUCUCAUCCCUCACCCCUUCUUCGGCAAUCUCUGAAAUGUAUCCGGUAGUCAUAGCAGCCAUUCUUUGGGGCCGGGAAUGGUCCAAAAAGACAAUUGCUUUAUAUUCAGACAACAGCGCCGUCGUAGACAUCAUCAACAAAGGACGGUCACAUUGUCUAGACCAGGG